UUAAAACUCCCAUGCAUUGUUAUCGUAAGUAAAGCCAUAAACCCGAGAAAUCCCUUCUUUCUUGAGCUAAAGCAAACAAUGGCGAACGAGAGAGAAGUCAUGAAAAUAGAAAAAAUACGUCUAGCUGAGAUAAUUUUGUUCUGGAUUGAGAGGGCAGCAAUUCUUCUCUUUGUUUUCUUUGGUGGCAUCCCACGAUUCCUUCGCUGUUCUCUGGGACUCUUUGCCUUCACAAAUUUAUACCAUGCAUCCUAUGCCUAUGAACGACUAUUUGUCAAUCCUCAGCCCAAUGAACCAUCAAACACUUUGUUUGUUUUUGAUCGGUAUGCAAUCUGGUUAACGGCAAUGUACUUUUUCUUGGGAUCUCCAGUCUAUCGUUAUGUGGCUGCUGCUGUAUUUGUUAUAUCAAAUACGAAUUCAAUCGUGAAAGCUUUGGGGGUGAAUGCGAACCAGAUCCUUUGCUGUAACCCUACAAAAGAUGACAAAGAAGAGGAGAUAGAGAAAGCUCUAGCCGUGGAAGAGUACUCAGCAGAAGAGAAAACCAAGCAUGGUGAAAUAGAAGAAAUCCCAGAAACUGAAACUAUUGAGCCUGAGGCCCAUCAUGAGGUUGAUGAGGAGGACUAUGAAAUGGUUAGCUACAAAAAAGAUGUUGAUGAGGAGGAAGAAGAAGACUGCAGUAGUGGUGGUGAUGAUGAGGAGGAGGAGGAAGACUGCAGUAGUAGUGUUGGUGAUGAUGAUGAUGAUGAUGAUGAUGAUGAAGAGGAGGAGGAGGAGGAGGAGGAGGAGGAAGAGUACUGCUAUAGUAGCAAUGAUGAUGGUGAUGUCCAAAAAGGAACGAUCGAGAAAGAAGUGAUGAAGGAUCAAGAAUUGAAGGAAACAGGAGAUGGACGUUGCUGCGAAACGAGUAGAGCUUUUCUUUCCUCAAUGCAACGUGAGAUCGGGCUGCUGAAGGAGCUCAAUGAAAGAAAUUGCAAGUUGAUGAAGGAUCUCGCAGAUACGUUGUUGUUGUUAGAGCAAGAAAAUGAGGUUCUGUCUAGAAAGCUUAUUAGUGCUGAAAGUACAUCGUCAACCGAGCAAUUAAAUCAAAUUGUGUACGAGUAUGAAAGGAAAUGCCAAAGAUUGGAGGAAGAGAAAGCUGAUCUUAAUGCUAGCCUUUCUACUGCAGAAGCUGAAUCUGAUUUUUAUCGAGAGUGCAUGCAUAACUUAGGUCUUAGCAAUGAGCUACCUACUAUUUCUACUCCUUAUUAACGGACAAGGGUCUAUCUAGCUUAUAUUUUUAUAGUUUUUUAAGGUUUUAUAAUGAUACUUACAUUGUU